AUGACAGAAUCGGCUUCUGAUGGCUGCAUUAUGUUUGACGACGAUCAGCGCGUGCGCAUCCUGCACGUGGCUCACAGAAAGGCUGCUGAGGAUAUUGUCGCGAUUGCUUCAGAAUAUCAGGAGGCUCUCGGAGAGUUUGACCAAGCAUCUUCUUACAUCCACACACAGCUCGAAGACGUGUCAGCGGAAGCAGAAGCUAAGCGGAAGCUUGCUCUUAGUCUGUCAAUGAGUAUCGCUGCCCAGGACGUCUCAGCUGCUCACUCUGCCGGCGUUAACCUUCUAAAGCUAUCUCUGCAAAACGCGGAAUUAGAAAGCGCAAGGUUUGAAACACAAGCUCUGAUGUCUAUGCAGGAUACUUUCAAGCAGACCCGUACUGCAAUUAUAGAACUCUUCGGAGGUCAAUAA